AUGGAUUGUGAUCUUGAUGCCAUUAAAAAGGCGAUAGGCCAUGAAUCAGAUGAUAGUGACAUUGAAGCCAAUGAAGAAUUGAUGGCCGAAUUAUUAGCUUUAAAUGUUAAGAGACCAAAACAAACUCCAAAAACAGCACAAAAACCAAAACAACAAAAACGCGAAUUUGUUAUUCCUAGUAAUAUUUUAAAUCUUGAAAAUGAUGAUGUUGAUAUGGAAGUUUCUGAAGCAGACAUGAAUGAUAAGGAUUUACUUUCAGAAUUGGGUGGUCUGGUUGGUAGCCAGUUUAAUAAUGACGUUGAACUCAACGAAGAAAGUACUUCACAAUCCAAUAUUACUCAAAACCACGCUUCCUGCCAGUCACUUAUAGAUAUUAAAUCAGAGGAAGAGGAAGUACCAUCCAAAGAAAAAGAAUCUCCUUCAAAAAUGGAUACUUCAUCAAAUAGAGUUGAGCCUAGAAAUCCGAUGUCUGAAGAAUUUGUCCAACCAACUCGAAAUGACAACCAGCCUUCGUCUUCUUUAGAUUCUAUUGCCCGUACUCUUCUUACAAGAAGGCGUAAACUCUACUUGGAAAGAUCAAAGGCUGCCAAAGAAGCAAAUGACAAAACUGUGGCUGUUGAAGCUUUUCAAACUUUUAAAUUAUUUAAUCAAGCAUUAGCAAAAACUGUCGCGGAACCUUACAUGAGUGAUGAACUCAAAUUAGUUACAUCAAGACAAAUGCAACUUAAGAAAGCUGCAUUAACUGCCAAGAAUCAAGGGGAUAUGGACACGGCUAAAGAGUUAUUAUCGUUGGCAAUGAGAAUGAAACCAAUGGUUGAAGCUGCUGAAUGUGGUCUUCCAAUUGAUGUUCAACAAAUACCUAGUUUACCUUCUACUUCUAAAGCGUUAUCCACUAAAAUUUCAAAAAGAGUUGCUGUGGAUCCAGAGACUUUAAAAAAAUGUCAGACUUUAGAACGUGAAUUGCUCAAACAAAUUGCUCUAUGUACUGAAAAGUCUAGUCAAUUUCAGUCAGUAGGGGACUCCAAAAAUACUCUUUUUUAUGAAGCAUUGCUACAAACUUGCAAAAAAGACCUUCAAAGCGUUCAAAUGGCUAUGUUAGGAAAUGCUGAAUUCCCCAGUUUUAAAAUUGUUGAAUUAACUCUUCCAAAUAUUCAAAUUAAUCCUUCAAUAUCAGAUGAACAUUUACAAUUAAAAAUUGAAAAAAUAUCAAAUUUACAAUUGCCAAAGGGAUGGACAGCUUCAGAUUUAUAUUUAUUUGUCUCUUAUAAAUUUGCUUUUUCUAUCGAUUCACAAGUUCAGCAGACAGGGAAAACUUCUGUUGUUAAAGGAACAUCUUCGCCAGAAUUUCCUGAUGUUUUCCAGUUGAAUAUAAAUAGAAAAAAUAAAUUUUUAAGAUUUUGCAAAAGAGGCUCAAUUAAAUUAGAGAUCUUUCAAAAAGGAGGCUUCUUUAGAAGUGAUAAAUUAUUUGGACAUGCGGAGGUUCCUUUACAAGAAUUGGAACAAAAUAUUUUUAUUCGAGGACAAUAUAAAAUUUUGGAAGGAAAGAAAAAAACUAAUGGAUCAAUUUUUGUUGAUAUUCAAAUUAGUAAGCCAAUUGGAAUUAGCAAUUCUGGAGGUGCUGUAAAACGUAAAUGGAUAAUGGAUAGACCUACAACCGCAUCAAAUAGUUUACAUUUAGAAAGUAAUAUACAAAGUCACCGUUCGCAUUCACACUCUCAUAGCCGUUCUGCGACACGUGGAAAUCGUCAAGAACCCGGUGUUGAUUUAAUAUGUAAAGUUAAAUAUACAAAUAAAUUGCCAGAUUUACCUUUUGAGCCAAAAUUUCUGCAAAGUCCAUUUGUUUCAUUAAAUCGUUUUGUAAAUUAUAAGCCAUCUACAUUAGAAAAAAACUUCAAAUAUGAACUUUUGACAGAGCCAGAUUUGAAUGUUAAAAUUGACUUAAUUUCGACAACUUAUCAAUUAGAUGGGAUUGAUAAACCACAUUUACAUCCCAUUGAUGAACAAUUACUUGAAGAUGAGAGUAUUCAACAAUUAAAUACAAAACGAUCAAUUCAGCACAGAAAAGUUGUCCCAUGGAUGCGUAAAACAGAAUAUAUCAGCACAGAAUUCAAUCGUUAUGGUCUUGGUCAAACAGGAGUUGACCGUCCCGACACUAAAAUUGGUUAUGGAAUGAAAAAUAGAUUAAAAGAUGAAACUAUUGAUUAUAAAGACCGUUCUUCACAGAUUGCAGCAAUUGAGAGAACAUUUGAACACGCAAAGAAACCAAUUAAACGGCAUUAUUCACGUCCUGGUGUAACAGCAGUUGAAGAAAUUCCAAUUCUUCCAGACUUUGAUUUGUGGAAAUUUCCUUUUGCACAAGUUUUAUUCGAUGCCGAUCCUUUACCUUAUUGUAAAAAUCAUAGACAAGAGAAAUUGACUUUAUCAAUUCUUAGAGGAAUGGCUGAUUCUGAAGGUAAUCAAUUUGUCGGAUAUUUCUCUCCUUUCGAUGAAGCACUUGAACAACGACUAGCUGAUGAUAAAAAAGAAAUUGGGUCAUAUAAAGAAGAUUUCGAGUAUCAACACAAACUUGAAAGAGAAUAUAAUUGGUCUGUACAAAACAAGGCAACGAAAGGAUAUGAACAGGAAAAUUAUUUUAUGGUUCUACGUGGGUCUACUUUUUAUUAUAAUGAAUUGGAAACUCGAGUUAAAUUAGCAAGACGUGUUAAGGGAAGUAAUACUUCUACAUCAAAUAACACAAUACUUUCUGUUACAAAUCGAAUGUUGGACAGCAAGGAAUUGAGUCAAAUGAAUCAAAGAUCUAAUCUGCUUUAUGGUUUGCAAGAAGAAGAGGAGGAAGAAGAAGCUGAAGAAAACGAAGAGAAGGAAGAAGAAGAGAAAGAGGAAGAGGUUGAAGAACACGAAGAGAAAGAUGAAGAAGAACAGGAAGAAGCAGAAUCAGUAGCAGAUGCUGAACCUACAACCCCUAAGGAGGUGGAAACUGAUGAAGAAAAAUCCAACAAAGAGGAUGAUGAUAAUGAAAAUCAGGAAGAGAUCGAGCAAGUUGAUAGGGAUGGAGAAGAAGAGGAGGAAGAAGGUCAGCAAGUUGUUCAACAACCUGAGGUAGAGGAAGCGGAGGAAGUUGGUGCAACAACUGAGAGUUCUGAAGAAGAAUCUAGUACUUCGUCUGAUUCUUCUGAUAAAGAUGAUGAAUAA